CAUAUUUUUUCAUACAUUUUUUACUAUUAUUUUUUUCAGAAAAAACACAAACAAUCUAGAUUUUUUUUUCUGAAUUUGAUUGUUCCCAAAUACUAUUCAACAUUUAUGUGUAAAAAACAGGUUUACUGGGGGGGGAGCGGAGCCUAGCCACGGACCGGAAUGGACGUGUGAGCCUGCGGCUCUCUCGUCUACCCAGAGAAAAGCACCUAUAACUCCAACUAUUCUUUGCUAACGAUGGUCAAAUAUGGCAAGCAAGCACCCGGUGACCCGGGAGAAUCACCUAGAUCGCAGAAAGGACAGACUGAAAUGUCCACAUUUUUCAAGAAGAAAGGCAGCUUCUCUCCCGCCCGCCAGCCCAAGAUGGCGCCGGAUGCAGCCUCGCAGAGAGACUCCAUGGAGGAGGGUGAGCAAGAUAGCGAUACUGACAUCCCCCUUCCAGCUGCUGUCACACAACAGUUUCUGAAAUCCUUUAUGAGAAAAGCCCUCUCUCAAGCUGUUAAACCAGUCCUUACUGAAUUAGCUGACAUUAAGACAGAAGUUGUGGUCAUAGGUCACAGAAUGGAGGCACUGGAGUCAGCAUGCUCAGCUCUUUCCACAUACUCAGCGGCCCUCACGGACCGAACUGAACUGCUGGAGGCGCACUUGAACUCUAUGUACACCCUUAUAGAGGAUCAAGAGAAUAGGAGCCGCAGGAAAAACAGGUUCAAGGGUCUACCUGAAACAUGGGCAAACGAAGCACUCCGGAAGGUUGCUGCUGAAAUCUCUGAAUCCCUCGUUGGCCCUGAAAGAGCUGCCGGCAUAAUAAUAGAGAGGAUACAUAGAGCCCUGCGACCUAAACCGAAACCCACCGAUCCCCCAAGAGAUGUAAUCUGCGGCUUACUUUCUUAUGUGGACACUGCUGCUGUUCUUCAAGCUGCCCGAGAGAAACGGUCAGUCACCUAUGGGGGAGAUGAAAUUGCUUUGUACCAGGAUAUUGCUCCGUCCACAUUAGCCAAGAGGCGCCUUAUGAAACCUCUACUUGAAAAACUGAGGGAACGGGGCCUACAAUAUACCUGGCUGUUCCCAUUCGGCCUCUCUAUUAAUCACAACGGCUGUAGACUAACUGUGCGCACGCCAUCUGACUAAUGUUUGGUCCACCCUGGAAAUCUCACCUGUUGAAGUUCCUUCAUGGCUCCCGGUGUCGGAGCUUGGCUCUCUACCUGAACUGCCAAGACCCGAGGAGUGGAGAGUGGCUUCGCGUACUAAAGCUGGAAAACAGAAGAAGACCCGAGUGAAGGAUGGACUUCCGCCGCGCUGAGACCUGCAUCCCGGCUCUCUGUCCAUUACUUACCUUGCUCAUCGCAAUCGGGACUCCUGACUGCUGUCUGCUGAUGAUCGCAUUGCUGACGGCUGGAGCCGUUCAGACUGUUGGAGACCUUGGAACCCUUCCGUCAAGGAUUAUACGUUCUACUCGGCGACUCACCGAACCUAUCAACGUUUGGAUUACCUGCUACUCCAUCAAUCUCUCCUUCCGACAAUUACAGACUCAGUUUCUGCUGCCAAAGAAAAGAAAAGCCACGGUGACAUUGUGUUUGUCAGGUAUAUAUAGUCACAAGAAGGCACAUCAUGGGUAUAUCAUACUGGACAUCAAUACAUUUUGUUCUUUUGGCAUGCAUACCGCUUAGCCUCCAGGAGAUAGCACCUACUAAAAAUGUCUCACUGGAGGACGAAGAAUGGACUGUACAACAAAGUGUCUCCCCGGUGAGUCUUGCCCCAGUGACAGAAUACCCGUAUUCAGUGACGCCUGCAUGGACCAGUGAUGAUGACGCUCCAUUUUCUAAUGAAAGUCACACAGAUGUGUUUCCUUUACAUGUUCCCACCCUAAAUAUACCAGUUCUAGAAUCGGACCAGCUUUCAACUGAUAUGACUAAUAUGUUUCUACUUGACAAAAGCCAAGAAACAGAUGAAUAUGUGCAGACAGUUACUCCCAGUUAUGAGCUAUCAGACCAACAGGUGACAGAGUUUGAUAUUGUAGAACAUUCAAUGGUGCCUCUUGUGGAAGACUCUUUUGGAUCAGAAUCUCCAUGGCCUGAGAUCUCCUCAGGGUUACCCUUUACACCCAUCUUUAGUACUGUGGAUUCCCUAACAGAGCCCAUUUAUAAGAUUGACACCUCCUUGGAAAAAACCUUAUCCCCUUUACUGGAAGAGGAAGAUGAAGUGCAUGUACAUACAACAGUUUUUAGUAGUUUUGAACCUUGGACUGAUGUGCCUGUAGACUCUUCACUGCCAUAUAUCUCGGACAUAAGCAAGCAAGCAGUUACUGAUCCUCAGGUACCUGAAGAUCAACCCAUUGAAAUGGUGUCUUCUGAAGUGCCCACAAAAGAAAUUACCUCCUCGGGAGAAGCAACAGCCACUGAAAACGCACCAUUUAUUAUAUCUGAUGUGAUUCCUGAGAUCUUGGAAGACUUAUCAGAUGAAGAUAUCCAUGAAGCAUAUGGGGAAGUAUCUACCUUAGCAUCAACGGUCACAGUAAACAUCACUGAUGCUGGUUUUGUUUCACAUGGCUCAACCUCUCCAACAGAUCCAGCUUUUUGGGAUUGCACUCAGUCAAGUUCGGAGAAAUGUGAUUUCAGCAUGACUCAGAGGCCAACACCCCAUGAAGCAGACCCUACUCUCCAUGGACUUUCCCCACUUCUUUCUUCUCCGCCCCUCUUUAUUACACUGCAUGCUGAUUGGAAUACAUCGGUGGCUGAGUGGGGUGUUGCUUGGGAAGCCCUAGUAUAUGGCUCAGUUGGGCUAUAUGGAACAGUUGCUUUACUUGCUUUACUUUCGAUUUUCUGCCUUGUGUUUAGAUGCCCCUCAGGCGGCUUUUAUUUCUCACUUUUACAUCUACUGUUGAUAGCAUUGGGUAGCAGUCGAGCCUUCUCCCUAUUCUAUGAUGCCUAUGGCCACCAGGAUCGCCUCCCGGCUUUCACUGCUUUGCUUCUGCAUGACCUAGCUUUCCCCUGUAUGACAUCAAGCUUCAGUAUUUCACUCCUCCUGCUGUGUUCAAGAUGCCGUCUUCAGCACUCGUCUCCUGGCUUUCCACGGCUCUGCCUUGUAGCUUCUGCAGCAUUUCUUCACUUUAUAUGUGCAGGAGGAACAGUUGUAGUUGUUGUUCUUUUACAGCAAUUCCCUUUCCUUCUCCUGGUUUCCAGAGGAUUUUAUGUUUUAUUAACUGUAGUUCUUUCUUUCUCCUUCUUCAUCUUUUGUUACAUUGCAAGAACGCAAAGUACCCAAAUCUAUGACCUCAAAAGUUCUGCUCCCCCUACAGAGUAUAUCAGUGGAUGUCCUUUUGCAAAUCUGAAAGACUGGUGCAGAGCAACCCAUGUUGUUCUUUUAUCUGCCUGUUUUGGUCUUUUGAAUGCUGGCUUACAAUUGUAUGCUGUACUGUAUGCAUUGGGCUAUGGUGGCUCCAUUGUUUUUGGCCCUUGGCCUUGGUGGGCCUUUCAGUUAAGCUUAAGUCUCUGUGAAGUUGGAAUCUGUUUACCUCUUGCACUUAUAGGAGCCUACCCUAUUUUCUGUGCCAAUGAGAUUGGAAGAACCAAUUGCUGGACACAGAUAUUUCGACUUUCCCCUGGGCAUGUUACAAUGAAGGCGCCCAUUUUACAAACCAAUCAUCAGUGGGCUUCUUCACAACAUGAAAAGCUACUUGUUUGUGACACCAUUGCAAGGAGUGACUCAGAAUUCUUUCCCCUCUACACUCUAGUGGAAAAACGCCUAAGUCAUGGAGAGGAUCUGAGCCUAAUUUACCACAGUAACAAAAGCCUUGAGGUUCCAGGUUUAAGCAUUCCCCAAGGUUCCAACACACCAUCAUAUAUCAGUGUACAAAUAGACAGUGACUCAACAGUUGAUUUUCGACCCCCAUCUCCAAUCAACCUCGGCCGUAGCAUUGAUGAGGCACUUUUCAGUGAAUCUUUGAUACCCAAGAGUCUCUUUCAUGGCACUACCUUGUCAAGUAGCUUGUCUCUCACAGUAAAAAGUUCCACACAAAUGGAAGACUGUGUCUUUAAAGAAAAAGCUGCAGAUAGGGGACUAUAUCGAACUUCAUCUUGCAUGGAGAUAGAAGCAGGACUACCCUUAAUACAGCCUAUACCAAGCACUAGGCAUGACACUCCAGCUUCCUCCUCUCCAGGGGCAUGGAGGGGAGAGCAGAGCACUGCCAGCUCUGUGUGCAAAAUGUCAUUGGAUGGAUCAUCCUUGGUGCUGUGUUCCAGUCCUGAACAUGUUGCUCCUUCAACUUGUAAUCUUGAUGGACCGCAGGAGCCAGGUUGCAAAUCAAAAGCAGAAUACCAUGCAUUGACUCCACCAUCACAAGAGUCAUUGGAUAGUACAGCUCAGGCCGGAUGUAGCCUGAGAGAUGACUUGAUAAAUGUUUUUGGACCCAUCGAUGCUUUGAGUGUUUGCAGUGACACCAUUGACUUGUAAAUCAAAUUAAGAAAUGCAGUAUUGAGUCAAUAAGUCAAGUAGACACCUCACAUAUGAUGCACGUAUACUGGGCAGAUGUGGUUGUCGUCAAAACAGACAUCUAUAUAUGGGAGUAUUUUUGAUUCUAAAGAAUCAAGAAAAGAUGUAUUUAGAUUUCGUGCUACAUAUUUUAUAUAUUUAAUCAUUAAAAUUUACCAUCUUUAAAAGAAAAGACUCUUUUUUUUAAACUAACAAUAAGACAACUAAUAGAGUUUUAUUGAUAACCCCUGAUUUUGGAACUUUGGAUACAGUUGCACAACUUUCUAUCUGCUUUAUAUUGGGGUUUGGCUGACAAAUUUGCAUGUUCUUAUUGAUGGUCUGAAGUGUUGGGCAAUUUUUUAUUGUGAGCAAAGGUUUAACACACAAAACACCACCCAAUAGCAAUUGGCCAGACCAGAUCAAUAUUGCAGAAGGUAAACAGUGCUAUGGUACUAGGUUCAAUGUGCUCUGACACAUCUGUACUAAAACAAGCUCACCUCAUGGACACCUGUCAUACUUCUGGAACAUGUAAUACAGAGGUCUGUUUCACUGCUUUAUUGCGCCUUUGUUUUAUAUCUAAAUAAAUGUUUUUUGGGAGAUGCACAGAAAUAUAUAAUAUUCGCACCAAUAACCAUAUGUCCGCACCCCAUCUUUGUAAAUAUCGCUUGCACUUGAUAAUUUUUUUUUUUACUGGGACUUGAUAUAUGUUUAAUAUAAUAGAGAUAUAAAUAAAGAUUUAAAUGUAUAUUAUAGCCUCAUUCGCACAGGUGAGGCCAGUAUUUUGGAAACCUAAAGGUUGUUAUGACAUGCAGUAUUUGGGUCAGUAUUUUAGCCAAAACCAAUAGUGGGUCCAAAGCACAGAAAAACAUGUGAAUCUUUCCAUUUUAGAUUUUCUCUCUGUCUGUUCCACUCUACAAAUACGAUUUGUGAACCCAACUAAACACAAUAAAGAUAUAAAAGUAAGGUUACACCUUUGCUGUGUUUAGGACCCACGCCUGCUUUACAAAGCCUUAUGUAAAAUACUGACCUAAAUAUAAUUGUGAUGGUCUUUUAGAUUGACAAAUGUGGAAAUAAUAGAUAGAAAAUGUAUGUACUAUUAUUUUUGUGAUUUAAAGUUGGAAAUCAACAUAAAUUAUGUAAAUCCUAAUUUUUUUAGAAAAAAAAUCCUUUAAAAAAAUAAAACUAUAAUACCCUU